GAAAUCAGCGUGUUAUGUAGCUGUCGGAGCUGCAGCUGAAGGAGUCUUGAGAGAAGGCAAAUAGUCGCUUCUACGUAGUAAAUUUGCAGCUCAUUUGAUUAAAGGACAUUUUAAAUCAGGAGAGACACAGUUUGGACGCUGUAACCGGACUUAAACUGCCAGGAAAAGGGUUAAUUCGGUGUAAAACAGUGUAGAGUUUGGUUGGGACGAUGCAGACCUUACAAACGAUAAGAUCAUUUGUUUUCGAGUAUCCCAAAACUGUCGCUCUGGUCACUUUAACAGGAGUGGGACUUUUCAGUGUGAAGAAAUGGAUGGCAGGUGGAGUGUGUCGCAGCAGAGCCCGGCUGGAUGGAAAGACCGUCCUGAUCACCGGAGCCAACACUGGGAUCGGCAAAGAAACCGCUGUUGACCUGGCGAACAGGGGCGCGAGGGUCAUUCUGGCCUGCAGAGACAUGGACAGAGCUAACAAAGCUGCAGAGGAAGUGAGGAAGAGGACUGGGAAUGGCAGCGUUAUUGUCAAAAAGCUGGACUUGGCAUCUCUACAGUCGGUGCGAGAACUCGCCAAAGAUGUCCUUGCGAGUGAAGAGAGGCUGGAUGUUCUCAUAAAUAAUGCAGGCGUUAUGAGCUGUCCUAAAUGGCAGACUGAAGAUGGCUUUGAAAUGCAGUUCGGCGUGAACCACCUGGGUCACUUCCUGUUAACAAACUGCCUGUUGGAUCUCUUGAAGAAGUCGACCCCAAGCCGCGUUGUCAGUGUCUCCAGUUUAGCUCAUGAAAGAGGUCAGAUUUAUUUUGAUGACUUACAUCAGGAUAAAGAUUACAACCCUUGGAGAAGCUACCGGCAAAGUAAACUAGCCAACGUUCUCUUCACAAGGGAGCUUGCUAAGAGGCUACAAGGUACCGGAGUAACAACCUACAGCCUCCAUCCUGGAGUCAUCCGGACUGAGCUCGGCCGACACUUCUGGCCCACCAUCCCCCUUUGGAAGAGAAUUGUAUACACGCCACUCAUGCUCUUCCUCAAGUCUCCAACAGAAGGAGCACAGACCACCAUCCACUGCGCUGUGGAGGAGAGCCUGCAGAAUGAGAGCGGACUGUACUACAGCGACUGUGCUCCUAAAACGGCGGCCCCUCAGGGUCUGGAUGAUGAAGCUGCCAAGAAGCUGUGGGAUCUCAGUGCCUCAAUGGUCGGUCUGGCAUAAUCGUAGUGACAUUGAUGAUGAUGAUGAUGACGACGGUGGCGAUGGCGACGAUUGUCAUCAGUACCAAUUGGACUGCCGUGUGGCCCGAGGAAAGACUGGUGUGGUCUCUAAUGAGCAUCUGUGUGGCGACUAUCAGCUGAGCAUCCUCCUAAUUUGAUCAAUGAGUAAACAGGCAGAAAAAUCACAAGUGAUAGACAUUUAUUCAUAAUAUACAACAAACUACUUGCAAAAAUACUAUGGGUUAAAUUAUGUUUUUCUCUUUUGUUAAACAGAAGCACUGCUUCACAGGUAAGUUACAUGGAAGCUGUAUGAUCUUUAGUUUGAUUGCCAUUAGCGUGAAAUGACAUUUAAAUUGACAAGUUUCACUAAUCUCUGCCGACUAUGAACUCGAAUGUCAUUCAAUGUUACUUGAACUCAUCAUAUAAGAAUUACGUGUGCUUUGAAAGUAUCUUGUAACACUGUUAAUAGCAACAUUUUCUGUUUCUUUUUUUUUUUUCCUCCUGGGCGAUAAAGUGCUGUUAUACAUAGCCCAUAGUUUUACCUGUUUCUUAAGGCAUGUUUUUCAUUCAUUCACAUCACGUCUACUCAUUUAGUUCCAUGUGUGACCAACGAUAUUGGAAUAAAACACAUUUUGGUUACAUUGUCAUGAAAUAAAAAUGCUCCUAAUACA